GUGGGGGCUGUCCAGCGAUAAGAGGCGGCAGGCGGACCCUGGUGGGAGGGCUGGGAGGCUGCUGUCACUUUAUGAGUCCGCGGCGCAGAGUGAGAGUGUCCUGCUGCCAGAGGACCGGGGCGGGCUGGGCGCAGGGCCCCGGCCUCUCGCUCACCACACGGACCCCGCGGCUGCACCGGCAGCCUCGGUGGUGGCGGCGGCAGAGCCUCGCCCACUCCCAUCCCCACCCUCUCCAUCCUUAGCUGUUAAAGAACCGCAGCGCCUGGCACGUUCCGGGAGGACCCCCGGCGCGGAAGAGGAAAGGGAGCAGGCGCAAGGGGACUGGAAAGGCAGCAUGCGCCCCCCGGGAGCAGCCUCGGCGCCCACGGUCUGAGGCGGCAGCCUCAGUUCGCCAUUGUGAGCCUCCGCCGGGGGAGCUCGCAGGCGCCGCCGUCCCCCUGGGUCCCCUUCGGCACAGUGAUGGGGCACCUGCCCACAAGACCGCGCGGCGGCCGCCGCCUCCUGUCUCUGCUCUGGGUCUUUGUGCUGCUCAAGAAUGCCACAACAUUCCAUGUAACUGUUCAAGACGAUAAUAGCAUCGUUGUCUCUUUAGAAGCUUCAGAUGUCAUGAGCCCAUCAUCUGUUUAUGUUGUGAAGAUAACUGGGGAAUCCAAAAAUUACUUCUUCGAAUUUGCAGAAUUCAACAGCACUUUGCCUCCUCCUGUUACCUUUAAGGCUAAUUACCAUGGCCUUUAUUAUAUAAUCACGCUGGUAGUGGUAAAUGGAAAUGUGGUUACCAAGCCAUCCAGAUCAAUCACUGUGUUAACAAAACCCCUACCUGUAACCAGUGUUUCAAUAUAUGACUAUAAACCUUCUCCUGAAACAGGAGUCCUGUUUGAAAUUCAUUAUCCAGAAAAAUAUAAUGUUUUCACAAGAGUAAACAUAAGCUACUGGGAAGGUAAAGACUUCCGAACAAUGCUAUAUAAAGAUUUCUUUAAGGGAAAAACAGUAUUUAAUCACUGGCUGCCAGGAAUAUGUUAUAGUAACAUCACUUUUCAGUUGGUAUCCGAGGCAACUUUUAAUAAAAGUACCCUCGUGGAGUAUAGUGGUGUCAGUCAUGAACCCAAACAGCAUAGAACUGCCCCUUAUCCCCCUCGAAAUAUCUCGGUUCGUAUUGUAAACUUGAACAAGAACAAUUGGGAAGAACAGAGUGGCAGUUUCCCAGAGGAAUCGUUCAUGAGAUCACAAGAUACAGUGCGAAAAGACAAACUCUUCCAUUUUACAGACGAAACCCCUGAAAUUCCCUCUGGCAACAUUUCUUCUGGUUGGCCCGAUUUCAACAGCAGUGAUUACGAAACGACAUCCCAGCCCUACUGGUGGGGAAGCGUAUCUGCAGCCCCGGAAAGCGAAGAUGACUUUGUCAGCGUCCUUCCUGUGGAAUAUGAAAAUAACAGCACCCUCAGCGAGACCGAGAAAUCAACAGCAGGCUCUCUCUCAUUUUUUCCUGUACAAAUGAUCCUGAAUUGGUUACCACCUAAACCACCCACUGCCUUCGACGGAUUCCAUAUCCACAUAGAAAGAGAAGAAAACUUUACUGAAUAUCUGACAGUGGAUGAAGAAGCCCAUGAAUUCGUUGCGGAACUGAAGGAGCCCGGGAAAUACAAGUUAUCCGUGACAACCUUUAGUUCUUCAGGAUCCUGUGAAACCCGAAAAAGUCAGUCAGCAAAAUCCCUCAGUUUCUAUAUCAGCCCUUCUGGAGAGUGGAUCGAAGAGCUGACCGAGAAGCCCCAGCACGUGAGUGUCCACGUUCUAAGCUCAACCACCGCGCUGAUGUCCUGGACAUCUGCCCAGGAGAACUACAGCGGCACCAUCGUGUCCGUGGUGUCGCUCACCUGCCAGAAACAGAAGGAGAGCCAGAGGCUAGAAAAGCAGUACUGCACCCAGGUAAAGGANUAUGAGCAGGAAAUGACCCCAAUUGCUCCAGAAAUCACAUCUGUGGAGUAUUUCAACAGCCUGUUAUACAUCAGUUGGACAUACGGUGAUGACACAACUGAUCUCUCCCAUUCUAGAAUGCUACACUGGAUGGUUGUUGCAGAAGGAAAGAAGAAAAUUAAAAAGAGCGUCACACGCAAUGUCAUGACUGCGAUUCUCAGCCUGCCUCCUGGAGAUAUCUACAACCUCUCCGUAACCGCUUGCACGGAACGAGGAAGUAACACCUCCAUGCUCCGCCUCGUCAAGCUAGAACCAGCUCCUCCAAAAUCACUGUUUGCUGUGAAUAAAACCCAGACUUCAGUGACUUUGCUGUGGGUGGAAGAGGGAGUUGCUGACUUUUUUGAAGUCUUCUGUCAACAAGUUGGCUCGAGUCAAGAAACAAAACUCCAGGAACCGAUUUCUGUUUCCUCUCAUGUUGUGACCAUCUCCAGCCUCCUUCCUGCCACGGCCUACAACUGUAGUGUCACCAGUUUCAGCCACGACAGCCCCAGCGUCCCCACAUUCAUAGCCGUCUCAACAAUGGUUACAGAGAUGAACCCCAAUGUGGUAGUCAUCUCGGUGCUGGCCAUCCUCAGCACGUUGUUAAUUGGGCUGCUGCUCGUGACCCUUAUCAUUCUGAGGAAAAAGCACCUGCAGAUGGCAAGGGAAUGCGGAGCAGGAACUUUUGUCAACUUUGCAUCUUUGGAGAGGGAUGGAAAGCUUCCAUACAACUGGCGUAGGAGUAUAUUUGCUUUCUUAACCCUGCUACCCUCAUGUCUUUGGACUGAUUAUCUUUUGGCAUUUUAUAUUAAUCCUUGGAGUAAAAAUGGUUUAAAGAAGAGGAAACUGACUAACCCAGUCCAGCUGGAUGACUUUGACGCCUACAUCAAGGAUAUGGCCAAAGACUCUGACUAUAAAUUUUCUCUUCAAUUUGAGGAGUUGAAAUUGAUUGGACUGGACAUUCCACACUUUGCGGCAGACCUUCCACUGAACCGAUGUAAAAAUCGCUACACAAACAUCCUACCAUAUGACUUUAGCCGAGUGAGAUUAGUCUCCAUGAAUGAAGAGGAAGGUACAGACUAUAUCAAUGCCAACUACAUUCCUGGAUACAACUCAUCCCAGGAGUAUAUUGCCACACAGGGGCCACUGCCUGAGACCAGAAAUGACUUUUGGAAGAUGGUUCUACAACAGAAGUCCCAGAUUAUUGUCAUGCUCACGCAGUGUAAUGAGAAAAGAAGGGUGAAAUGUGACCAUUACUGGCCGUUCACGGAAGAACCCAUAGCUUACGGAGACAUCACCGUGGAGAUGAUCUCAGAGGAAGAGCGGGAUGACUGGGCCUGCAGACACUUCCGGAUCAACUAUGCUGAUGAGAUGCAGGACGUGAUGCAUUUCAACUACACUGCGUGGCCUGAUCACGGGGUGCCCACGGCAAAUGCUGCGGAGAGCAUCCUGCAGUUUGUGCACGUGGUUCGACAGCAAGCAACCAAGAGCAAAGGCCCCAUGAUCGUGCACUGCAGUGCCGGAGUCGGCCGGACGGGAACAUUCAUUGCCCUGGACAGGCUCUUGCAGCACAUUCGGGAUCAUGAGUUUGUCGACAUCUUGGGGCUGGUGUCCGAAAUGCGAUCAUACCGGAUGUCUAUGGUGCAGACAGAGGAGCAGUACAUUUUUAUCCAUCAGUGUGUGCAGCUGAUGUGGAGGAAGAAGAAGCAGCAGUUCUGCAUCAGCGACGUCAUCUAUGAGAAUGUGAGCAAGUCCUAGCUCAGAAUCCACAGCAGACAGGACAUGGUGUGCACCCAUCCUCCCUUGCUUCCAGAGUUUUUUAGGGGCCCUGCUGGCCAUUUUGCUAAGAAGAGCCCCUGCUUUGUAGUAUGUGGCCAAGGAGAUAAUCUAUCUCACUGAAGCACCGGGAAGAUUUAGCCUUAAACAGUAUACAGUGUCUUUUGGACUCCUUCAUUCUGGACAUUUAAUAACGGACCAAAUUCACCCGAACACCAGAAAGGUCCAGAAGCUCUGCAAAGGGCAGGAAGCACAGCACUUCCGAAGACUUUCCUUGGCCCUUGGCUGGUUGGGCUGAGUUUGUUGUUGUUGUUGUUGUUUUUAAGUGCAAUAAUUUUUGUAUGUGUGAUUUUAUCAGGAAGUUGGAUUGUUUUCUACCCACACGACUGACCAAGCCCGUAGCCCAAGAGGGAACAGGAAUUGUUGGUAUCAAAUUAUACCUCACUGUUAAAAAGUGGCCUGCCCACACAUGAGGAAAUGUUGAUUCUGCUUCAAGGAAAUUGAAGCGGUGCUAGCUGUCCUCCAACAUUAAGCUGCUGGAUCAGGAGCGGGGCGGGCGGACGGGCGGACGAGAGAAGGGCUCUACCCACAGAUCCUCUGCAGAUCUUUUCCAAAUAUGGAAAGCUGUAAUUCAGCUUCAAAGUAGAGUAGACAAAAUAUUUAAGUCUUAAUUGUUCUAGUUCCUGAUGGUUUUCUUCCUUAUUAACACUUACGUGUUGUUUUUUCCUGGGCCCUCUUGAACUAAUGUCACUGUCCAGAUUCUUUUUUUCACCAAACCACAGCUGGUUCAGAACGGUUUGAAGAAGGACUCUUAAGACUCCGUUGCUGUCUGAGCAACCUUGGUGCCUAGACUUUGCAUUCCUUACUCUGUGGACCUGCAUCCAUGUGAAAGCGAUUUCUCUGAGAACUAUAUUAUAGGCUGUGAAAGCGCACUUUCUUUCCCCCCAAAGAGCUGGGGGUUUAUGAAGCUACGGCAACGAACUGCAGCAUGCUAGGACGAUUAUUUGGCUAUGGUCAAGCGUCUCUAUGGAUUCCAACAGGGGUUUCUUUGGGUUUUGUUUUCCUUUGGGUUGUCAGUUUCAUCUUAACCAGUGUAACUAGUAACAUUUUCUUCUUGGGAUUUUGUAUGAUUACAGUACAUGAUUGUGUAUGGUGCCCUACGUGCUGUCACGACGGACCCUGACAGCACUGUGAAGCCCGUUACUUUGUGUCACUUCCUUAAAAAACGAGGUGAUGGUAUGGAUAUACAAAGGAAAACAUUUGCAGCUGAAAGUAAACGCGAGCUGACUGCUUCCCUGUGGCAAUGCGCUGUCCUGCUGUCCCGUACGUGCUUCCGGACGCUUCUUCCCUGUGCAUCUGAUCACUACCCCUUGCCCUGGCUUCCCUUCACUCCUGAUCUUCUUCACGAAGCCAUGCACCUAGGAGCAGCUUAAUCAUUUACCAGUGACCUUAGCAACGGGGAAGGGUGCCAGGCGAACAGCUCCGCACCCCGCCGUCUCCUGUCACUGAGAAGGCCUGGCCACAGCAGACCUUGGCACGGUUCUUCGCAAGACCUGGCCAGUGAGUCUCAGGUUCACCUUGCAGGGGCAAUGGCAGAGGACGCCCAGACCCCGCGGCUUAACAGCUUGGGCUCCUCAGGUGUUCUUGGUUCUCCCUCGCCUCCCUUCCUCCCCUUCUCACCUCCCCGCUGCCACCUCCUCUUCUCACCCCUACCUGUUUAUUUCCCUUCUUGGACGUG